GCAGGAUGUUGGAAAUCGCUAGCCUAUAAAAGUAAGCGCUCUCGGCAUGGUGUUAUCAUCGUAGAACUAAAACUCUGGGUCGCCGUACCGAACCCAGUGGUGCGACUUGGAUGGCAACAUUGUAUCAAAGCCGGUUGCUGAUUGUAUCAACUCUGGGCAGAUAGCCGACCGACAGGAACAGACUACGGAUGAUUCUGCUUCAUUCAUUUCCGAUCCCUGCUUCAUCAUAGAAUGCAAACUCUAGCCAUUAGCAGACCAGAAGCCUGAAGCAUCCAACGUGGCCCGCCACUAUUUCAUCUCACAGACCACUGGAUUACCUUACCUGCCUUGGAGCUCAUACAAAUGACUAGAGGCAAAAGGAUAAACGUGAUUUAUUUUCUUUUGUUAUACAAAAGCCUGACACUGGGAUUUUAGACACUCAGAUUGUAUUCCACCUAAUGACAUUCUUUAACUCAUCCAAAAGGAAUUAAAAAGUAAUUUCUUGACUAACUGUGAGAAGCAACUUCACCGAGAGAUAUCGCAACAAAGUGAAGAGCAGUCAACUUUUACACUAACUGAGAAAUAAACAAAAACAAAAACAACUACCAACCACAAUAACAAGCAACAACAAAUAAACAAAUAAACAACAACAGCAACAGCAUCAUGGGUGGUGCGUUGAUGGAGGGGGCGGACAUCGCGGUGGUGGCCCUGUACUUCGUGCUGGUGCUGGCCAUCGGCCUCUUCGCCAUGCGGCGCUCCAACCGCAGCUCGGUCAGCGGCUACUUCCUGGCCGGCCGCUCCAUGAACUGGGCAGUGAUCGGCGCCUCGCUCUUCGUCAGCAACAUCGGCAGCGAGCACUUCAUCGGCCUGGCGGGCUCGGGCGCGGCCAGCGGCUUCGCAGUGGGCGCCUGGGAGUUCAACGCACUGCUGCUGCUGCAGCUGCUGGGCUGGGUCUUCAUCCCCGUCUACAUCCACUGCGGCGUCUACACCAUGCCCGAGUACCUGGCCAAGCGCUACGGCGGCCGCCGCCUCAAGGUGUACUUCGCGGCCCUCUCCGUCAUGCUGUACGUCUUCACCAAGCUGUCGGUGGACCUGUACGCCGGCGCGCUCUUCAUCCAGGAGUCGCUGGGCUGGAACCUGUACCUGUCCAUCAUCCUGCUCAUCGGCAUGACGGCCCUGCUGACGGUGACCGGCGGCCUGGUGGCCGUCAUCUACACCGACACGGUGCAGGCGGUGCUGAUGAUCGGCGGGGCGCUGAGUCUCACCGUCUUCGGCCUGGUGGAGGUGGGCGGGCUGCAGGGCGUGCGGGAGAAGUACAUGCAGGCGGUACCCAACGUGUCGGCCAUCCUGGCGGCCAGCAACUACACCUACUCCUACACCAACUCCUGCCGCAUCCACCCCAAAGCGGACUCCCUGAGGAUCCUAAGGGGCCCGCUGGACGAGGACAUCCCCUGGCCGGGCUUCCUCCUGGGCCAGACCCCCGCCUCCAUAUGGUACUGGUGCGCCGACCAGGUCAUCGUGCAGAGGGUGCUCGCCGCCAAGAACAUCGCCCAUGCCAAAGGUUCCACGCUCAUGGCCGGCUUCCUGAAGGUGCUGCCCAUGUUCAUCAUCGUCAUCCCGGGCAUGAUCUCGCGCAUCCUGUUCGUGGACGAGCUGGCGUGCAUCGGGCCUGAGCACUGCAUGGCGGUGUGCGGCAGCCAGGCGGGCUGCUCCAACAUGGCAUACCCGCGCCUGGUGAUGAGCGUGAUGCCCGUGGGGCUGCGUGGCCUGAUGAUGGCCGUGAUGAUCGCCGCGCUGAUGAGCGACCUGGACUCCAUCUUCAACAGCGCCAGCACCAUCUUCACGCUGGACAUCUACAAGAUGCUGCGCGAGAGGGCCUCCAGCCGGGAGCUGGUGGUGAUUGGCCGGCUGUUCGUGGUCGUCAUGGUGAGCAUCAGCAUCGCCUGGGUACCGGUCAUCAUCGAGAUGCAAGGCGGCCAGAUGUACCUGUACAUCCAGGAGAUCGCGGGGUACCUCACGCCGCCCAUCGCCGCCCUCUUCAUGCUCGGCGUCUUCUGGCCGCGCUGCAACGAGACGGGCGCGUUCUGGGGCGGCAUGACGGGGUUCGCGCUGGGCACCCUGCGCCUGGUGCUGGGCUUCGCCUACCGCCAGCCGCGCUGCGACCAGCCGGACGAGCGGCCCUUUUUCAUCACCGGCGUGCACUACAUGUACAUAGCCGCCGCGCUCUUCUGGAUCUCCGGCCUGGUGGCGGUGGUGGUCAGCCUCUGCACCCCUCCCCCCUCGGAGGACAGGAUCCGGACAACCACGGUGUGGGGCGUCCCGAGGGUUGAGAAACUUCCGAGAAGAGACACCGAGGAGGAGGAGGAGAUGGAUUCCCUGAGUAAGAGUCCAGUACAGUGUAACGGUAACGGUAACGGCACGAUCCACAAGUCCAUACCCGCGGACAUCAAGAAGGACCCCAUACCCCUGGAUGGCGCCGAUGUGAAGCUUCUCAUACCGGGUUCGAACCAGGACCACGCGACCCUGAGCGGCGACCUUCCAUCUCCUGUGGAGCAUUAUGGGAAUGGGCACAUGGGGCUGAUGGGUAAAGAGAAUGAGGAAGAGGAGGAGGAGGACAGGGGCGACCAUGAUGAUGAAGAUAAGUCGGUGUGUGUGCGCGUGUUCGACUGGAUAUGCGGGCACAAGGAGCAGGGCAAAGCUAACCAAACCAAAGUGUCGGAGGAAGAACAGAGACGUAUCGUCAUGGAGAUGCUUUACGAGCCGCCCAGGGUCAGGAUGCUGCUUAAUUGUGGCCUUGUGGUUGUCUGCUCGUUGGGGGUGUUCAUGUUUGUGUAUUUUUCACUAUAGUGCAACUGGACUGAUGACUUUCAGGACCAAACAAAGAAAAGAGACUAUAAAGACUUUAUGGUCAGUGGCGCAUGUAUUACCUGAGCAUUUUUGGUAUUGAACACGGCCUUUAGUCUGUAAUAUUUACAGUGCAAGUUUAACUUGUCCUGUAAUGGAUGGACCUAAACAGAGAAGAGACUGAGACAGAGUUUUUAUUCCUUUUGUUCGAUAGAGGAAAUAUCUACGUUGGUGUACUAUCUCAAAAGGCUGAACUUAAAACUUGUGUCAUGAUCGACAUACUGUAUGGGACAACUGAAUAACGUAACUAUAACAUGUGUAUCACAGUUUUCCUUUACAGGAAGUGAGGUGGUAUUUGCCUUAUUUACGGUUCACACUUGUAUUUCCUCCUGAAAAGCAACAACAACCUGUACUGAUAGCUUUUCUGUCUCUGUAGCUACUGUAGGCUAUUUGCGAAUUUGAUUAGGUACAAGAAAAUUAAGGACAUUCGAUCAUUCCUAAUACUUAUUUGAAGUAGUGUCUGUAGCACAUCUUGAACAGCAUUAGGCAGCUUAUCAAAUAUGUGCAGAUUACAUUUGUUGCUCAAAUGUGUUUGUUUGACUGGCCAAUGACAUAUAUUGUAGAGUGCUGUAUGUGCAAUUCUAUCUAUUUCUAUCUUCACAGUUGUGAAUUGUGCUGUUGUUCUCUAUGUAUGCAUAGCCUAGCACCUUCCCAGCCUUAGAUUAGCUGCUUCUGUUUGUGUUUUUGUUGUUAUUUAUUUGUUUGUUUGUUGUUUUUAAAUAUCAUUGUUGUUAUUCAAAAGGUAUGACCAAGAAACCAUUUACCAAAAAAGCCUUUUUACUUAAAGCAGGGAACAUGAGUAUAAGAGCAAGCUCUUAGGUGUGGAAGUUUGAACUGAUGAACCAAUAUAGGGAAUGGGAGUGGAACAAAUCAGACCAGGGGUCUAUAUUAAGAAGCUGAUCAGGAGGAAACCAGGUUAAGUUAAGAGGUAAAUCAUCUAAUAGGUCAGUCCUUUCUUACAGUAAGAAAAUGAGGACUCACUCCAGGCUCUUCUAUUACAUGAUUUACCUCUUAACUUGACCUGGUUUACUCCUGAAACAACUUCUUAUAGGCUACCCCUCAAGUUCUCUGCCAUCAGCUUACAUACAGCCAUAAAUUGAUGUAUUGUUUUACAUUUCAUUUAGAAAACAUGUUUGUCCAAAGUGACUUACAAUUUGUUUCCAUUGGUCACAGAACCAGAAAUGCAUUCUCAUGUUGAGAACUCUGUAGGCGUGACUUUAUUUACACAUAACAAAAGUUUUUUUUAAGUCAGCUAUUUUUGCUCACCAAGGUGAAAAGUGGUCCAUAUAUUGUCAUCCAUAUUUUCUCCAUAUAUUUCCAUGUGAUCCUUUAACUGGUUUUAAGUUCUUUUUAUUUUUUAACCCCUUAGCGCAGCACUAUGGCUCUCUGUAAUGUCAUAGCAAUGUUGUUAUGAAGUAGUUAGACAUUUUCAGCAAGUGAAUAGGGUCGCCGGCGACCCCUGCUGCAGUAAGAGGUUAAGGGGAGCAGAAAAGGGUGAUCUUCCACCUUGCUCAGUCUUAAGAAGCCCUUGGAGUUUCAUCAUCAUAAAGCACAGCCAUUUGAAGGCCAAAGGAAAUGAUUAUUUCAGUAAUUUAUCAAAAAUGCUGAAUAUUGUACUGUCGCUACAUAUAAAAGGCCUCUCAUGCCCUUAUUUAGAUCCCGGAAGGUAACAUCAGUAAAUGGGAUGUCACGUCAUUGCUGUGCAAAAUACUAUUAUGUUCUUCUAGGAGAAGAAUUAAGUGUGGGGCGUUGGAACCUGUAGGGGUGGGGUGGUGUGGGUGGUUACAUGUGUGCCUCUACUGCAGCUCUAGUCUUCAUUUGGGGAAAACAAAUACUGGAGACUGGACAACCACUAAAUGUAUAAAAAUGGUCCAGUUUGUGGAUUACAGUAUUUAUGUUUGUGUGUUGACAUUUAUUUGGGAGAUGUUUGUUAGAGAAGUGAUAUGAAAAGCUAUCUUUUUGUUUAUAAUCCCUUUUGACUUUUAAUGAUGGACAGGGGUACUAAACAGUAUACAUCUGCACAGAGGAACCUGAGUUUCUUAUUACUAUUCUUAAUUGGUGUAGCGGUCUGAGUUGAUACUCUCAACUUCAUGGGUUAGGUUCAUCAUUAGGUAUAGACAUGUCUUUCGAAUUUCAAAAGAAAUUCAACGCUGUAAUGUAUGAACGAUUG